AUGAUCUUUACUAAGCUCCCAGGACUUGUCCAACAAGCCAGCAAGCUGGGGUCUCUACUCCAAUGUGCCUUUUAUGGGUCCACUGGAAGAAUGACCCUUUUCGAGCAGAGGAACUUUGCUGGCCGGCGUUUCGACUUGAGCUCAGGCUGCCACAAGUUAAGUGACAAGAACUUCUCUGAAAGAUGCAACUCUGCGCAGGUCCAGAGUGGAGCCAACUGGGUGGGUUAUGAGCACGAGAACUUCCGUGGGUGCCAGUAUUUGUGGGACAUGUGGGACAGGGGAGAGUAUAACUGCUUGGAUAAUUGGUGUGCCCAGAGUGACAGAGUGUCUUCUGUACGUACAGUGAAGGAGGAUAUGAGCCCUCCACAUGCCCAGCUGUUCGAGUGGCCUGCGUUCUCUGGGAGGAGGACUGUGCUUCAGGACAACAUUCCCAACCUGAUGAGCCGAUACAGUCUCAAUACAGUAUCCUCGAUCCGGGUCCUGGGUGGAGUCUGGGUGGUAUAGCAGGAGCCCAACUACAGAGGAGAACACUACAUCCUGGAGAAGAAGGACUACAUGAGUUUCUCAGACUGGGGAGCUCCAAGCAGCACCAUGGGCUCCAUGCGCAGGGUCCGCUUCAGCUGACUUUCCUCUCCCACCUUUUGACAAGUCCCUUCUC